GCCACCAACUGCCACUAUGAGGAGGUCUAGUCGACCUGUAAUCUCUCGUGAGGGAAUCAAGAAGCACUUCAACUGCUCGGCUUCUCGAUCGGAAUCUUGUUGUGUGAUGUUAUGCCUCCUCCUCCUCCUCCUCCUCACUUGUGUUGGCGUCGCAGAAGGCCGCAAGAAACAUGUCAGUUGUUUUUCGUCGUGCGGGCAUCUCCACGACAUCGGCUAUCCUUUCCGUUUGAAGAGUGAUCUGCCAGGAUGCGGAUCCCCAAACUACGAGCUUCUCUGCGACAGCGGCAAACCUAUGCUGGAGUUGGGAUCGGCAAAGUACUACAUAACGAACAUCUCGUACAAAAACAUGACCAUCAGUGUCAUUGAUCCCGUCUUUGUAAACGAUAAUAAAUAUUGCCCUCUUCCUCUCCAAUCUCCUCCGCCUGAUUUUUCAUAUCUGUACGACGACGUUGGAGGAUACUGGGCUCUCUUCGUGAAUUGCACGAGGCCGAUCCACGACGGCACGUACCAGCGCGGGCCUAAUUGCCUAAGUAGUAACAACUCAUUUGUCUAUGUAGUAGCUGAUAUGUGGGGCAUUGUGGAACCUAUUAAGCCCUCAUGUGGAUUUCUGGCCUCGAUUCCUAUGUCUGUCAGGCAGUUCAAUCCGAACAACACCGAUAUUUUUGAGCUCUUAAAGGAGGGAUUCAUGCUUUCGUGGGAUGUAGGCCGUGAGACAUCAUCUGCAAUCUUUCAUGAAUGCUUGAACGAAGCAAAAAGGAAAAAUUAUUUUCCAGAUGUGAAGGAAAACUCAGCUUUUUGUUUUCCGCAUCGUCUCCACGGAAAACGAAAACUUGGAGAAGAAAUCGCGGCUCACGCACAAUAAAAGCAUCACGGUCCACGAGCUUAGCCUGAGAACUCGUGGACCGCGUGAGUGGUCCAUGCCGGACCGGACCACAUAGCCAUCUCUCUCUCUCUCUCUCUCUCUCUCUCGUGUGUGUGUGUG